AUGGAGACGGCUCUACCGCCCCCGCUAGAAAAGUUGCUGCCCCCGCCCCCCCGGAUCCUGCGCGACGCGGCCGGGUUAAAUCCGGACUGGGACGUUGGAGUUCACUUACUCCGAAGCGGGUCUGCGCCCUCUAGGUUUAACAGCGCUGAGCCAGUCCCACCCCAGGAAACAGGGCUGGAGGGCUUGGCCACACACACCGCCAAAGCGGUGCUGGGGAUAGGGGCGCUUUCUUUUUUACGUUGGUGGACUGUGGGGAUGGGCAGCUGUUGCCGGGGAGAAGGCCAGGGAGAAGGCCAGGUACAGUCGCCUACAGAACAGAUGCGCAUCCUCAGGCGAAGUGCGAGGUCUACCUGUACCCUGUCCCAUGAUAUCCACACACCUGUCAACAUGCAGGUGCUGAAAAACCAUGGACUUUUUGGUCUCAAUGAAGCCCAGCUUCGGAUCCUGCUUUUGCAGAAUGACCCUUGUCUUUUACCAGAGGUCUGUUUGCUCUACAACAAAGGGGAAGCCCUCUAUGGCUACUGCAACCUGAAGGAUAAAUGCAACAAGUUUCAUGUGUGCAAAUCCUUUGUCAAGGGAGAGUGCAAACUCCAGACCUGCAAACGGUCCCAUCAGCUUAUCCAUGCUGCAUCCUUGAAGCUGCUGCAGGACCAAGGACUGAAUAUUCCAAGUGUUGUUAAUUUUCAGAUAAUCUCCACCUACAAGCAUAUGAAGCUGCACAAGAUGCUUGAAAAUACAGAUAAUUCAUCGCCUUCUACUGAGCAUUCACAAGGCCUUGAGAAGCAAGGAGUGCACGCGGCUGGAGCCGCAGAAGCUGGUCCUCUGGCUUCUGUCCCUGCUCAGUCGGCUAAGAAGCCCUGCCCAGUGUGUUGUGAGAAGUAAAGAAGAUGGAAAAGGAGAAAAUGUCCUUUUGGAAGAAUACAGUUGAGCAUGGGUGGUUGGGGAUGGGGUUGGACGUUGAGCAGGCAAAGAGGCUAAAAUUGAGUGCAGAUGGGGCCAGUCCAGGGCAAGUGCUGAAGAUGGCAGCUUCUACCUGCAGCUCCUAGGUGCUUUCCUCAGGCUGGGUGGAUGGAGGUCUGCUGACUUUUGUGGUCCACCAUAGUUUUUCUGUCAGUUUAUAUUGUGGCAAUCAUAGAGUACUUUGCACACUUUUUUUUUUUUUUUUUUUUUUUACUUAAAUUGUUUCAUAAGCAUCUUUCUAUAUUUGUUCACAUCAUACAUAAUCAUGUUUUUGCACAGAUACAUUAAUAUCUCAUAGUUUAUUUAACUACUUGCCUUUUUCUAACAAUUUUUUUUUGAGAUGAUCUUGCUCUUUGUCCAGGCUGGAGUGCAGUGACGUGAUCUCGGCUCACUGCAGCCUUGACUUCCUGAGCUCAGGUGAUCCUCCCACCUCAGCCUCCUGAGUAGCUGGGACUACAGGUAUGCACCACUACUGGCUAGUUUUUUGUAUUUUUUUUGUAGAGAGGGUAUUUUGCCAUAUUGUCCAGGCUAUUAUUGAACUCCUGGGCUCAAGCAAUCUGCCUGCCUCAGCCUCCCAGGGUGCUAAGAUUACAGGCGUGAGCCACUGCACCCAGCCUCUAACAAGUGUAACUCUUGUCUUAAAAUCUGCAGAAUAUUGAAUUUUUCCAGCAAUUUUUUACUUUAGCUUAUAGAUGCUAAGGGAUACUGUCAUUUGCAUUUUUAAAAAUAUAUAUAUGAGUGAAUAGUU